AAUAAGCAGACGAUAUUUACACAGAUCGUAAGCAAAAGGAUAGUGGGCAAGAUGGUGGCGGACGAGAAACUGUUUUUCUCGAAAGCCGUCCAACAUUUGGCUAGAUGUCUUGCAGCAAUUAAACCUACGCCAUGGGAAAAGGUAAUGCAAUUGUUUAAAUUAUGCCCACAAGAAUCUGCUCAAGGUAUAUAUCGAUUGGAUCAAAGGGGUCAAGAUGCAACUAUUGCAUUGGGAAUAUAUUUUCUGGAAUCUGGUCUACAACACCGGGAUCGUAUUUUACCUUACCUUUUGAGAUUACUACGUGGUCUUCCCAAAGCUGUUUGGUUGGAUGAAGUCAGAUGUUCUCCUAGUGAACGGGUUCCUGUUGCAGAACGUUUUAGUUUUUGUUUGAAUACAUUGUUCAGCGAUAUCGCAGCUAGGUGUGAGCCUGCACGCGAAGAGAUCAUUUCUACACAAGUAGAAAUCUUAGCAGUUUUAACAAAUUUGAUAAGAGGGUACAAAGAUCAAAAUGGAAGUAGAGGAAUGCAAGCAAAGUUGUCGUUAUGCAAAAGUGUGGUUCCAGUAUUAAUUGGUUUAGCUCGUUCAAUGGGCCGCUUCGUAUGUACAGAUCCCCCGCUCCUUUGUCGGAUUUUCCCAAGACCAGAAACACCUCUUACUGCAUCAAACACAGAAACACGUUUAACGUCAGAUAAGAAGCAACAUAGUUUUUCCAAUUUCCGGCCAAUUAUUCCUCGUUCCUUAAGUGGUAAUUUAAAUCCCCAUGCAGCUAUAGAUAAUACGCCAAAUCUAUUAACUGGCGAUCACGAAUUACCCUAUGCUAAACGACCUUCGUUACAAUCGUAUUCAUCAGUACCCUAUGAUGCAACUGUGUACUUCUUCAGUCGAUAUGGAUCCAGCUUUAAUCAGUUCCCCCAAAUGCGAUGUAAUGAAAGUUCCGAGAGAAGGGCUGGAAUGCAAUUUAGCGUGGUGCAUCUUCAAAGUGUCUUAGCUUUAGCAAAGAAGUUACUUACUAAAGAAAUUUUAACGUUCCUGGAUGAAGAAGCUCAACAAAUAUACAAUUCUGGUCAGGUGCAAAUAUUUCCGUAUCGUACAUUCAAUGAGACAAUGAAUCUCGUAAUGGUGGCUCUUUUACGAGAAUUGUUGCAAAAUCAACGCGAUUUACCCACCCCCUUUACAAGGGACGUACAAGAAUUUGUGAAAGGUCUUUUCCUAUCGGGGCAAACGGAAUUACAAUCACGGCAACACGACGCAAGUGAAAGGGAAGAUAUGGACACUAAUUUUCGCACUGUAAAUAGAUUUAAAGUAAACGUGAUGGCUAAUUCUGCGUGCGUUGACCUUCUUGUAUGGGCAAUUGGCGAUGAAACUGUGAGAGACCAGUAUGAUUUAUCUGCGCUAUUCGCAGAUAUCAGUUCAAUGCUGAUCGGCGAGGGUGCUGAUAGUUUGUGUGGUCGUUUAGUUGAAAAAAUUAACUCCAAUCACGGACCAAAACUGGUGCUAGCACAUAUGCCUUUAUUGAUGGUAUGUCUGGAAGGACUAGGAAAGUUAGCACAGAAGUUCCCUAAUAUAGCAAGUACUUCUAUUUAUUAUCUUCGGGAUUUUCUGGUUGUACCAUCACCGAUUCUUCUUAAAUUAUAUCGCCAACAUAAUGGAAAAGGAAAAGAUAUACAAGAUUCGAAGCAAACCACGUCCUCUAUACAAACAGCUUUUGAAAAGUUGCGUGAUGCAGCUAUUGGAAAUCUGUGCAUCGCUUUGGAAGCCGCGCACUCUGUAAAUCCAGAUUGUGUGCCGGCAUUAGUUGCCAGUGUCUCGAAUAGAUUAUUUGCCGCCGAUAAAUGUGAUGGCGAUUCCGAUGAGAGAUCAAAUAGCGAGUUAAUUUCCAAAAACAUAGUAAUCAUGUUGGGACACGUUGCUGUUGCGUUGAAAGACACCCCAAAGACUAUGCGCACGAUAUUCCCAUUUUUUCAGCAAUUAUUUUGCCGUACACCAAGCGAUCUUGAUCUAAUCGUCGAUCAGUUAGGAUGCAUGAUAAUAGCGAAAUGCGAAUCAAAGAUUUAUGAAGGGAUAAUGCAAAUGUUCUCCAUGUCACUAGGCUCAAGUACCGCUACUUAUGCCGCGAACGACGAUCGCAAACAGUACUGUCACGUAGCUAAAGCAGUCACGAAUGCUCUCGCUAAUAUAGCAGCCAAUUUACAAGGUGAAACCGACUUGGACGACUUGUUGCUUCAUUUGCUUGAACUUUUCGUUCAGCUUGGAUUGGAGGGCAAACGAGCCAGUGAUAAAGUAUCAAACAAUGUUCCCGCAACGAAAGCAGCAAGUAGUGCAGGAAAUUUAGGCGUGCUGAUUCCUGUGAUUGCCAUAUUGGUUCGCCGAUUACCACCGAUCAGACAUCCUCAGAAAAGACUUCUUAAGCUCUUCAAAGAUUUCUGGCUUUACUGCGUUGUAAUGGGUUUCGCUGGUGACCAAGCAUCGAGAUUAUGGCCGGCAGAGUGGUACGAAGGUGUCAAGGAAAUUGCUGCCAAAUCACCGUAUCUCAUUUCGCAGACUAGCGCUCGCCUUGAGAUGAGGGAACUGCAAUAUACAUCCGCUGUUCGCAAUGACAGUGUAUCCAUAAACGAAUUGCAAGAAUUAAGAAGCCAAAUAUUAAAAUUGACUACUAGAACCAAUGACAUAUCACAGUAUGUAACAAAAUUACAAUUUGCUCAGUGCACGUAUUUAUUAUCUGUUUAUUGGCUGGAAACGUUAAGGGUGGCAAACAGUCCUGAGCCGAGUUUGCAACCCAUUAUGGAAUACUUAUGCGACACUGAUUUACAAAAAGAAAAGAGUGGUAUGUGGCAGUGUAUAUGUUGCGUCGCUGAUUCUGUCUUUGUGAAAUUCAAAGACGUGAUGCAACGUAAACCAAAAGACGAAAGGCGUGAAAGGGAACUGGAAAAUCAUGCUCAAUUUCUCCUGGUGCAUUUUAACCACGUACAUAAGCAAAUCAGACGGAUAGCCGACAAAUAUCUCAGUGCUUUAGUAGAUGCGUUCCCGCAUCUUCUAUGGAAUUGUAAGGUGCUUUGGAGUAUGUUGGAUAUAUUACAGAUUCUGUCAUUCUCAUUACAAAUUGAUCCGAACGAAGAAACACCGAUAUUACGAAUACCUGGUACAUCGUACAGUAUCGAACUUAUGGACUCACUGGAAGCAAGAGAGAUAAUUGUAAAAGAUUUUACCGCAAGAUGUAAAGGUAUAGUGCAAGAAGCUAUGAAAUGGGCACCCCAGGCUACUAGAUCACAUCUGCAGGAAUAUGUGAAUCAAAUACCAUCUUCCGGAUUGAAACAUCAUUCUGGCUUGUGCUUGUCUACAGAUUCAGUCUUGGAAUUUGUGGAUCUCGCUGUUCCUCCAUCAGCUUUGCCAAAUACUAAUUCGUUAGACAAACGACCACGUGGUCCAAAAGGAGCUAGUUCAUGGCUUUUGUCAAUGAUGUCCACAAGGUCACGGUAUGCUGGAGAAAUAGCAGGAAUGCUCUCUUUAGCGCAAACCGAAUUUUCUACUUCUGAGAUAUCUUUUGAAGAGAGCAGGAACAAAGUAAUUGAUCUGUUGAUUGAAGCCGUUUGGAUGGCCUGUCGUUCCCAUGAUGAUGCGAAGCAUCGCAGUGCACUUUGGCGUGCCACUGCGCUGUUAAUCUCUAUGCCAGGAAUACAUAGACGUUUGUUGCAUACAGUAGCUUCUUCGCAGAUAGAAUUAUUCACACCUGCAGCCAUGACCACAGCAGUGGAAUGUUGGCAGUGGAUACUUACUGUUCGUCCAGAUCUCAAGUUACGCUUUUUACAAGAAAUGCUUGUUGCAUGGCAAUACACUGUCGAUAAGAGAAUGGGUUUAUUCGCACCAGAUGAAGAGGAAGUUAGUCCACUGGCAGUAUACGAAGGGUGCAAAUUAGGCCCAAAUCCUCCACAAACAAAACCUCAUGAAAUUUGGGUUACUUUUAUCGUAGAAUUAAUUGAAACUGCUAAAUAUUGUUGCCAAGAAACAGUUGACAUGAUUGUUACUUUGCUACAUCGGUCGCUGCCAAUGACUGUCGGUGCUUCUGGUGAAGAACCCGGAAUGAGUCGCCACAUUGCUGCAGUUGGCGUCCGCUUUAAAUUACUUUCUUGCGGAUUACUUCUUCUUCAAGGAGAUAUUUUGCCAAGAACUUUGAGCAAAAACGUAUUACGUGAACGUGUUUACUGUAAUUGUUUGGACUACUUCUGUCGAGAACGUCAAGUACCUACACAAGAGCUUGAACAGCUGCGAGAAGACUUAGUCACACUUAUACGCUUUUGGCAGGUCAUGCAUAGUGAUAAAAAGUACUUGGUAAUGACUGGGAAUGAGAGUGAAUUCGAGAUGUUAACACCUCAGUCUUAUACAACUGGUGGUUUCGGCCACAGUGAAACAAUUGCUUCCUUAAGCACAGCAUUGGGCACAACGGGUAAUGAUUUUUCGAAAACAUCGUCGAGCGUAUGGAUUAAUACAGUCCCUAUGUCGACCAGUACCAAUACACUCGGUAAACGCAGUAACCGUAGCAAACGUGUUAUGAAUGCCAAUGUUUUCGUAAAGGAUUACAUUAAAAAGAGAAACUUAAUUCUGGAAUUAUUAGCCGUUGAAAUAGAAAUGUUACUGGUUUGGAGAAAUCCUGGUGGAAGGCAAGAGCUUGCACUUCCAGGUGAAUCGAGUAUCGCAGAAUGGCGUGCUAAAGCAAUGAAUAAUAAAUGGUGUGAAUACACGCGUCUCGCAUGGGAAAUCAGUCCUGUUCUUGCUGUAUUUUUACCAGUCCGAUUAAAGAAUUCGGAAAUCAUUAUUAAAGAAGUAUGUGGAUUAGUUCGUCUGAAACCUGUGCCGGUCAUGCACGUUCCAGAAGCCUUACAGUAUCUCGUAACCACGGACACAUUACUUAAUGACGUACCUGAAUUGGUGUACAUGUUAACAUGGGAAAGAGUGUCUCCUAUUCAAGCACUAGCAUAUUUCUCCCGUCAGUUCCCUCAUCAUCCGAUCUCUGCGCAGUAUGCAGUAGGGGUGCUAAGUAGUUAUCCAGCUGAUGCUGUGCUUUUCUAUAUACCUCAACUUGUGCAAGCAGUACGCCAUGAUACCAUGGGUUACGUAAUAGAGUUUAUUAAAAAAAUUUCGAAACGUUCACAAGUAGUGGCGCAUCAGUUAAUUUGGAACAUGCAUACGAACAUGUAUAUGGACGAGGAUAAACAAAUUAAAGAUCCCGUUCUCUUCGAUAUACUGGAUUCUUUAGUAAAGAGUAUUUUAGGAUCACUGUCAGGACAAGCAAAACAGUUCUACGAAAGAGAAUUUGAUUUCUUUGAAAAGAUUACGAAUAUCUCCGGUGAAAUAAGACCAUAUCCAAAGGGCCCUGAACGUAAAUCGGCGUGUUUAAAAGCUUUGUCGAAGAUCAAAGUACAACCUGGUUGUUAUUUACCUUCUAAUCCUGAAGCUAUGGUUCUUGAUAUUGAUUAUCAAAGUGGAACUCCUAUGCAAAGUGCCGCAAAAGCACCAUUUUUGGCGCGUUUCAAAGUACAAAAGUAUGGAAUUAACGAAUUAGAAAAUAUAGCGUUAGCAGUAUCGAAUGGGAAAGCAGACAUUAAAAAAGAACCAGAAAAGGAGACAUGGCAAGCAGCUAUUUUCAAAGUUGGCGACGACGUUAGACAAGAUAUGUUGGCGUUGCAAGUGAUCAGUAUUUUCAAGAAUAUAUUCCAAAAAGUGGGAUUGAAUCUAUUUUUGUUCCCGUAUAGAGUAGUAGCUACAGCGCCUGGGUGUGGUGUCAUAGAAUGUGUACCAAAUGCAACGUCUCGCGACCAGCUAGGUCGUACUACAGAUAUUGAUAUGUAUCAAUAUUUUAUUAAACGUUACGGGGAUGAGACAACAAAGGAAUUCCAGAAUGUCCGCCGCAACUUCGUUAAAUCAAUGGCUGCUUACAGCGUUAUCACAUAUCUUUUGCAAAUCAAAGAUCGCCAUAAUGGGAAUAUUAUGCUGGACACAGAAGGUCAUAUUAUACAUAUCGAUUUUGGGUUUAUGUUCGAAAGUUCACCAGGUGGUAACUUAGGGUUUGAACCUGAUAUUAAGUUGACUGAUGAAAUGGUGCUUGUUAUGGGAGGAAAAAUGGAGGCCGCACCCUUUCGAUGGUUUAUGGAAUUAUGUGUACAAGCCUUCUUAGCUGUGAGACCCUAUCAAGAAGCAAUUAUUUCUUUAGUUUCUCUAAUGCUUGACACAGGGCUACCUUGUUUCCGCGGUCAAACGAUCAAGCUAUUACGUAGCAGGUUUGUGCCGACAGCCAUUGACCGCGAUGCUGCGGCUUUUAUGCUCACUGUAAUACGUAACAGCUACCUCAACUUCCGUACGAAAACUUAUGACAUGAUACAGUAUUAUCAGAAUCAAAUUCCUUAUUAAAUUAUAUGUUGUUCGAAAGAUUUCCGUUGAUAAUUGUUAGUUUGCAACGGAGAAAUUCAUUGUUUCUACAAAGAAUUGUUAAACGAAUACGCCGUGUAUUAUAUUGUUAGAUAUGGCAGUAUCUAAUCUGCUGAUUGUACAAACCUCUCAGUGUCAAUGUUAUUUCUUAGACUCACAGAAAUUUUAUGAAAGCAUUGUGCUCUGUAUGUAUGUAAUAAUGUAUUAUAAACCCAAGAUUUAUUGUAUACGCCUGCCGACUGCAGGAGAUGUGUAUAUGAAAACAUUCCUCUGUUUAUUAUUUAUGCACUGUUAUCGAUUAAACAUUAAAUGGAAGAAUUACUUUAAAAAAAGUCUGCUU